AUUUAUCAUUACAUACAUUUCGAGAAAUAAUAGAAGAUGAUUUGCCAAAGUUAGCAGAUAAAGAUGGUCUACCAAAGAAAUUUGUUAAUUUAAAAUAUUCAUGCCAUCGAAAUGUUGGCAUGUUAUUUUACAAAAAAAAUUUAAAAGGCGUAGCCCUGGAUUAUUAUUUGGACGCAGCCGAAAUUGAUAAUACCGAUGUAACACUGUUCAAUCGAAUCGGUUGUAUUGCUUUGGAACAAGAGGAUUACAUUUUAGCUGUACAAGCAUUUCAAAAAGGUUUGAAUUGUAAUCCAAAACAUUGGCCAUGUUUAGAUAAAUUUAUAAUGUUAUUAUAUGCAUUACGUGAGGAAGUCACAUGUCUUUAUUAUAUAAGUAAAGCAUUUGUAUUAGAUCCUCAUUAUUUACGUGGCCUGGCAUUGCGUUAUAAAAUUUAUAAACAUAACACUGCAAUAAAAGAUUAUUACAAGGCUUUAUACACUGAAUGGGAUUCAGAUCCACCAUUGGAUACACCAUUUGAUGAAAAUGAAGGUGAAAUAUUAAUAGAAGAAUCUGAAACAAUUGCUGAACGUAUAUUAGCACAAAAUAAAUCGAAAGAAAUAUUAGAAGCAUCUUCAGUUAUUAAACUCCAUCAACCAAUUGAAGAAUAUUCUUGGUUAGCUGUUGGACAAAGUUUAAUUGAUAUGCACACUUAUAUAACCGAAAAUAAUUUGGAUUUUUUCAGUUUAAUUGAAUUAAAUAAAAACUUAAAUAAAAAAUCUGAAACAAGUAAUAAUACUGAAUUACAACAAAUGGAUAAGACUGAAGAUGAAGAUGAAAUUAGCUUUCAAGAAAAUGAAAAAGAUUUGGUUACAAAUUUAGAAAUUAAUGAAAUAUGUGCUAACGUAAUUAGCAAAUUAAUUGAUGAGAUCGAAAAUGAAGAAAAAGUAGAGAGAAGUCACAUUAGUAGCCCUAAUAAUAAUUGUUUAUCGGAUAUAAUUGAGAUUAAUCCAUUAACACCAUCAUGUAGAGAUGAUUCUUUUGUUGAUGAUCAAGACUGUGAUAUAUUGGAUGAGUCAGAGAGAUUGGUAUUACGGCUGGAGGAUUCCAUGGAAGAGGAUAUUGUCGAAGUACAAGAAGAUGUUAAAGUAAUAUCAAAUGAAUUUGUUAUGGAAUGCGAUGAAAAUAAUAAAGAAAAUGAUUUAGAUGAGACUUUAAAAAAUGAAGAUACUAUUUUUGAAUCAGAAUUUAUUAAUGAAAAAAAUGAAUUUUUUGACGCAAAUGAAGUAGCAAUUAUUGAAAAAUCGGAAUAUUUUGAUUCAAAUGAGGUGCACAAUGUUAAUGAUAUGGAAUAUGAAGAAGAGGGAGUGGUGAAUGAUGAAAUUGAUGAAUUGGUGAAAAUUACAUCUGAAUUGGAAAAAUCUGAAGAGAAAGGUGAAAUUAUUACUGAAAAUUUAAUAUCAGAUGAUUGUCAAAUGGAUCUUGAUCCAAAAAUAGGCAAUGAUCUAAUUGUACAAGAAAAUAACGAUGUUACAAAAAAUCACACAAGUGACAAAGAUCUAAUAGAAAUUGCUGAACAACUCACCAGCCAAACAGAUAGAAGUGAUCAAGCUUUAAUAAAAAUUUCUGAACAACUUACAAGCCAAACAGAUUCCAAUGAAAAAGAUUUAAUACAAAUUGCUGAACAACUUACAAGCCAUUCAAGUGAUAAAGAUCUAAUAAAUAUUACUGAACAACAAGAGAGAAAUCAAGAAGAGAAUUCUAAAACUACAGUGAUUACCGAAGACAUAAGUGAGUCAGUCACUGAAGAAGUAGUUGAUUCUGAAAAUAAAGUUUUAGAAGAAUUAAAAACAGUAAAUGAUGAAUUAAAAGCCGUUACAAAAAUUGAAGAUGAAAAAACUAUUGUUUUGCAACAAAACGUUGUUGAAAUUUCAGAAACAGACAAAGAAGAAGGACCGAGUGCAACAGAUACAGAAGGUCCAAGUGCCACCGAUGAUCCUAAAGAAAAAGAAUUUAUUAAAUCGAAAGUAACCAAACAAACAAAUCGAAGGCGUCGUAGUUCGUUAUCAAUGUUAGAAAUAUGGGGUUGGCAUAGUAAGCGUCGUUCAAAUCGUUCAAAACCACGUAAAGGCCAACGUGUUGCACGUGAUGAUAGUAUACGAGGAGCAUUAAAACGUAUUUUACCUGUGUCAUUAUAUUCAAAUAAUUCUGAAACGGUUUUGGAUGGAGAAAUUGAAAAAAACGAAGAUGAAUCUGAUAACAAAAGCCUUUCUAAUGCAAACUACUUUGGAACAAAUGAAGAAACUGUGGAGGUAAAAAAUUUUUGGGAUAAAUUUAUUACGUCAACACCAAGUACAUCAUUUCGUUGUGAUAUGAUUACUUUAUUAGAAUAUUAUGUCCCAGCCGUUGCUGCAAAAUGGGAUAAAGUUUGGCCAAAUGAAUUAAUAAAUGUAUUUAUACAAGCUUACGAAUUAUACCGAUUAUAUUUUUCACAUCCUUGCAUCUUAGAUCCAGAAGUUUGUGUUGAAAAAUUACAAACUGAUGCUGAAAUAACAUUAUUGUAUGGUGAAUUAAUUUCAGAUCUAUGGUUUCAAAAAUGUAACAACAAUAUUAAUAUUUCUAUGGAGAAAUCUUUCCCAUUAGAAGCUGAAGCACAAAUAUGGUUCGUGGCAUGUAAAACAGAUGAUUGGAACGAAAAUUAUGCCUCAUUUUUUACACGUGUAUUUUUUUUAAAAACAAUUUUAGCAUUAAUAUCAGAAUUGGAACAUCAUGGAUACGAUGAUUCGUUACAAAUUACAUUACCAAAUUGUAAAUAUAAUGCUAAAGUUAGUAUGAUGGAUUCUAAAAAUUUAUUGCAAGCGUUAGAAAGAUUUGAAAACUUGAAUAAAAUUGUCACACUAUUUGAUCAUAGACAAUUUGAUCAAAUCAUAUCAAUUUUAAUUCCAACAUUCACAAAUAAAAUUAAAGAAGAUCGUUUAGAUUCAGCACCGGGUGGUGCAGAUCGCCCGUUACAAAUUGUUAUGUUACUUGAUUGUUUUUGGCAUAAAAAUAACUUUGAGGAAUGUAUUCUAUGGACGGUAAAAGGAUUAAAGGAAGCAUUUAAUGAAUAUACAAAAAGUGAUGAAAAUAGUGAAAUUCAUCUACGUUGGCAAACUGUUGUAAUUAAAUGUUUAACAUUAUUGGAAACAUGUUUGCAAAAAGAGGGCAGUUUUUUAUUGGACAUUUUAAAUCAAGAAGCACUUAAGGAUUUGGUCGAAACAUUAGCAAGUAUCAUAAGCCAUCAAGUUGAAUCUGAAGAUAAUGUUACAAGUUUACCAUUUGAAACUGUUAGUCCGUGGAUAUUGUUACACUUAAUCUUACAAAGGGAAGAAGAUAAAGGUAGAAUUAAAUUAUCAAUAUGUGAACGAAAAAGUGCUAGUGGCUCAGAUGAAGAUGAUGAUGAAGAUGAUAUACCACCAUCCUUAUUAAUACUAUUUUCAGGACAUACAUUUUUAGGACAGCGCAGUUGGUGUGACUUUAAUGAAGGUCAAUUGCUGUUGUUCAUUUUGGAUAUUGUUAUGCCAAGUUUACGUUCACCAUUUUACGCUCCAAUUCGUGUUAAAAUUAACCAACAAAUUGAACAAGUAUUUUAUUGUUUAUAUCAACAUCCAAGUAAAAAGAACAAUAAAGUUCGAUAUUUAAAAGAUCAUAAUGUAUCUCCACAAAAAUUAUCCUGGCAACGUGCACAGCAGUUAUACGAUUUUUAUCGCCCUGAUUAUAUACCAGAAUUUGAUGCGUAUAAAAUAGAAUCAAUAACAACUGAAACAGAAGGUUUAUUAAAACGUAUUGUACACUUGAUUCCACCUGAACAAGAUCCACAGCCGCUAUUUAAUUCUAUAAUGGCAUUCAUUGAAGAUGAAGUACAAGAAAUGCCAAAUUUAAAACCAACUCUACCAGAAAAGAUUUCUGGAAUAUACUAUUUGCUAGCAGAUUAUUAUUUCAAAACUAAUGAAUUUCCAAAAGCAUUUAAAUAUUAUACAUUAGAUUUAUGUAAUAAUCCACGGCGGAUUGAUUCAUGGGCUGGUAUGGCAUUAUCACAAGCAAGUUUAUUAGAAACAAAAUUAAAUUCAUGUGAACCAAUUAACGAUGCAGAGUUUUUGGAGAAAUCUAAGACAGUAGAAAUAUGUUUUAAACAGUCGUUAGAAAUAUCACCAGAUCGUGGAAUGUUAUGGAUUGAAUAUGGGGCAUUUGUUUAUGCAAUACAUUCAUUUUGUUCAAGAAUUAUGAAGACUGAAGCAGACACAUUGAGUAUGGAAAAAUUUGAACGAUUAGAAAAUCAAAAAGAAACAUUAUUAAAAUCAGCAUUAGAAUGUUUUAUUACAGCCGAUGCAAUAUGGAAACAUUUGUUAGAAAUAAAUGAAACGCCUGAUCAAGAUGAACGUUGGCUUCAUCAAUAUAUGCAAGGAAAAAUAGCUGAGAAACAAGGAAAAGAACCCAAUAUAUACAUGCAACAUUACAUGAAGGCAAAAGAAUUACUACAUGAAAAUAAUGCUCAAUAUCCACCAAAAAUAAAUUAUAGCAAUCCGCAAAUAUUAUCUGUAGAGGCAUUAGAAAUAUAUUAUCGAAUUCAUGCUUCAAUUUUAAAAUAUAUAGAACUUCAUGAAACAAAGUUAAUAAAUAAAAAAGACGGAAAUCUAUUUAAUGAGUGCUUAACAGAAUGCGCAAAUAGCAGUUUUGUUAAAUGUGUUAGUAAGGAUGGUGAAGAAAAAUCACGUGCCAUAGAAAUUGAAACAAAAACAGCAGUUUCUGAUGUAGAAUCAUCUAAAGCUGAAACGUUAAAACGAACCAAUUCGAAUACUGAUAUAUCAAAUGAUAUAUGUACGAAAAAACCUAGAUUAGAAGAACCAGAAGUGCAACCAUUAUCUACACCACCAGUAGAGGUAUCAUCAUCUACAUCACCUACACCCACUACUACUAACGAUAUUAAUAAGACGGAAAACUCAGAGAGUACUGAAAAUGAGAAAAAAGAAGAAGAUCCUCAGUCAAUUAUGGACCGUUUAAUGAAGCAAUGUAUGGAAGAAAGUGAGAAUAAACUUUCAGAAGAUGUUGAUGAUGCUGAAAUGAGUGAGAUUAAAUCCAAUGAUGAAAAAAUUGUCACUGCUGUUCAAGAAAAACCAGAUGCAGCAUGCGAUGUUGAUGACGAUCGGGAAAAUAAUGAGCGUCCAAAAAGUCGCACAGAACGACGUGAAUCUCAAGAAAGUUCAACAUCUACAGUAACAAGUACACAAGAAAGUUCAAGUUCUUCUGAAUCAUCUAGUUCAGAUGAUUCAAGCGAUGACGGUUCAUCCUCAAGCAGUUCCUCCGAAUCCAGUGACGAUGACUCGGAACAAAGUAAACAAAGUAGUAAAACAGUUAGUAGUAAAGCGAGUGCGAAUAAAAGUAAAGAUGUGGCACUAACACCAGAACAUAUUUCAAAAAUGACAUUUCAAUGUAUUAAAAGUUUGGAAUUGUGUGUUAUACGUUUUCCACAACAUUAUAAAGCCUUAUAUCGUUUGGCAUAUCAUUUUUUUCACCGACCUGGUGAUGCACGUGAUUUAAAUAAAUGUCGGCAAUUGCUGUUAAAUCAGUAUACGUGUUCAAAUGGUGCUAUUAUACAAGGUUUAUUUGCUGAUCGGAAAAAUAAUAAUUUUUUUAAUGGAGUAUGGCGUAUACCAGUAAGUGAAAUGGAUCGACCAGGAAGUUUUGCUUCGCAUAUGAGUCGAUGUGUUACAUUAUUAAUGCAAGUAUUGCGUGCGAGUGGCGACCAUCGUACAUUGCUUGAAUUAUGUUUGCAAUUAAAGCGGACACCAGAUCCUGACAAAAAAUAUUUACGUGAGACAGAACGGGAACAAUUAUCGCAGCAAGCAUUAUCUUUAUGCGUACAAUGUAUACGUGAAUUAUUACGUGCUAUAAGUAAUGGUAAAUAUAUUGCAACAAAUCCAUGUGGCACAAAUACAAUUGUGACGGAACCAACAAAUACUGGUUCAGUUGGUGGUUCUGCAGGCAGUGCUGCUACAUCAUCGAAUCUCGAUACAAAUCCAGCUGCUCAGUUAUUACUGGAUGUGUAUCGUGAAUAUCAAAAAGCACAAAAAUGUAUACCAAACAAAGAAUCAUUAUUCUCUACCUUAUUGGUCGAUAUAUAUAAACAGUAUCAUGGCAAGAUACCAGAAGGAGUAAAUACAUUAGAACUGGCAACUAAAUUCUGUCAACAACGCAUCUCAGCACAGAAAAAUAAUCAAAAUAAUGCGUCCACAUUAAACAGCCACUUAAUUGGACAUCAAACAAAUAAUUUUCAGUUUCAGCAAAGUUCCAGUCACAAAAAAACAUCAAAGUCAUCCUCAUCCUCAUCAUCAAUGGCUGGUGGCCGCCCACGUGGUCGCCCACCAAAUAUUAACAAGCAUGAUUUAUUACCACCUAUAAAUAAAUACAAAUAUACAAAUCCUACAGCAGCUGCAUUAACCAAUCUGAAUUUACCGCCAUCUGCAUUAAAUUUUUAUCCAUUCCACCCUUUAUUAAUGAGUGCCGCUUCAUUUGGUGGUAAAGUAGAUCCAUCAACGGCAGCUUUAAGUGUUAUGAUGCAAAAUUAUCAAGAAUUAAUGCGCCAAUAUCAAUCAAAUUUAGCGUUACAAUCAUUUCCAAACGCAUUAACACAAGAAAUUGCACAAAGUUUGUUAGCAAACUACCCUAGUGCGGGUAAUCCCUCAACUAGUACCUCUAUCGGAAAUCCUUCGAAUAUUAAAUCUUCGAAUAAAAAAUAUUCAUCAUUUUCGAAUAAAGAUUUAGGAAGUAGAUCAUCAUCGUCAUCUACUAAAGAUAGUUAUUCUAAAUUAUUGACAAAAGAGUUGAUGAAAUCAAAAAGUGCUCCAAAUAAAGAUUCAAUUUUAAAAGCUGUUUACGGAAAAGAAAAAUCAAAUAAAAAUAAAGAAACGUCAAAACAGCAGGAUUUAUAUAAAAAGGAUAUAAAUUUAUUUAAAGAUCGACCUUAUAUAUCCAUCACACAAAUAUCUCCUCCACCUCCACCGUCUGCAGCUGUGAAUUUAAUUCCACCGAAAUUGCCAUCAACAUCAAAUUCUGGAAAGACGUUGCAACAAAAAUUAGCUGAACGUCAAAAACAAAAUUCGCCAAAUAAAAAUACAUCAUCAUCGACGUCAUCUGUUUCAAUAAAUUAUCCAACAAUGCCUAUUCCAAAUCCAUUUCCUAGUUCAUCUCCCCCAACAGCUCAUUCGUCACAAACAUCACGUAAUAAUAAUGUGUUUGUAAAUCCAUAUGGCGCACCGAUUGCAGCUCAUUCAAAUACAGUAACAACAUCAUUAAAGUCUACAACAUCAGCAACAUCCAUUUUGCCACCACUUCCACAAACUAGUUUGUUAAAGAAAUCAAAAUCUAUUGAUACAAAUCCGUAUAUUCCAAGCACAUCACCUAUUCAAAUUUCACCACCCCAUCAAAGACCAUCGUCAAAGCCAAAUACGGAGAGUUUAUCAAUUACACAAAUACCGAAGGUGCCACCACAAUCAUCUAGUUCGUCAAUUAUUCCAUCAACUACUUCACCAGCUACGGGAACGGCACCAAGUAAUAAAUCACAAACAUCGAAAUUAUUAAAUUAUCGGAAGCCCAAUUUAUCAAAAAAUAAUUCGGCAUCGUCUACGGCGACAAGUAAAUCAUCAUUGUCUACAUCAGGAGUAGAAUAUGUAUCAACGUUACCACCACCACCACCAAUGACUAAAAAGCCACCACCAAUUCCUUCGCCAAAAAACACUGAUCCUGAAAUUAUUAUUUUGGAUGAUGACUAAAAUAUUUUGUACAUUUUUCAUAUUUAAUUUAUAACAUGUUCGAAAUUAGACCAACGUCGAAUUUUUUCGGUGCAUAUAUUUAAGCUCUUUGAAGUAUACUAAUUAAACCUGACCAGAAUACAUGAAACCCUUAAAUUUUUUUCCCUAAUGGUGGAAAACUGUACUUUUGAUUGUUUUUUCACCAAUUACCCGUAAACCUGGGAUUGUACCAAUAGGUCUAAAUCAGAAGGACUAUUUUUGAAUUUGAAAGCGGGAAAUUGUCCUUUAGAAUAUACACCUGACUAAUCACAUGCAAGAAGGAUCGAGGAUUUCAAACGCCCUUUUUCGUCAAAACUACGGUUUUCUUGGCUUAAUUAUCCUUAGGUAUCUGUAAAAUAUCUUUAUGGUUGCGGACGUAAAUUUGACAGCAAUCCGGGAAAAACUGGAUUAUAUAUCAGAAUAUCUCCGAUGAUUUCUUCUUUUGAUCAAAAAAAUUUUAAAACUGAAAUCAUAAUAGAUCUAGUUUAGAUGCACACUUGUUUGUCUGUGUAUAUGUACUUACAUCACAAUUGAUGUACAGUAGUUCAUCUGUGUACAUCAGAGUACAUCAACGUAAAAAAGCGUACGUCAAUGUUGGUCUACAUUUAUAUCAAUAUUUUUGGUCUACAUUUUUGAUUAAAAGAAAUCAUCGGAGAUAUCCUGAUAUAUAAUCCAGUUUUUCCCGGGAGUCUUUCAAAUUGUUGCUCUUAAAAAAAUGAGAUUACAAAAUGCACACUUGUAGUAUAUCUAAAACCUUGCCUCAUGUAUAUGCAGGUCGUAUACAUAUAAAUUUAGAUCACGUUACUCUCAAAAUAACAAAUUUAUUUGAAAAGACAUUGUCUUCUGCCAAAAACCUUCGAAAUUUUCAAUUCUGCACAAAUCUAUUUAAACAAAUUUUCUCAUCGAAUUGACUGAUCUUAGGAUUUGUUGUAGUUCUGAUCACAUACAUUCGCACUCAUAGUGAAAAAUAUUUCCAUAAGUAGACUACUCUCACAGAUUUAUCUAGAAAUCGAUUGAUUUAACUUUCAGGUAUGAUAAUUUUUCAACUUGUAGAAUGUACUAGCAUUUACUAACUUUAUAAUGGAGAAUGUUUACUUCUAGCAGUAUUCAACUUUAGGUGCGAAAUAUUUCUAUAGGAAGAGACAAUUAAAGCCACUAUUUUGAUUUUUGUAGGAUGAUUUCUUAAUAUCUUCUACCAAAUUAUUAUACUUCAAACAUUUCAUAACAAUUUUAAGCCAUUUUCUUCAUAAUUAU